AUGGCUCUUCAUAUAAUUUCUAUCUUGUGUUUAAUCUCUGUGAUUCGUUUACAAGCAAUAUCUUGUGGUCCAGUUGCCAAACCAGGAUGCCAAAAUAUGUGCGGGAAUUUGGCCAUUUCAUAUCCAUUUGGGAUCGGGUCGAAUUGCUCGUUCGACCCGUCCUUUACCAUUAGCUGCAACACUACGACAGACCCUCCGAAGGCGUACCUUUCCAUCAUUGAUAAACAAUUGAUUGAGAUAAACGAAACCUAUGUUCGGGUCAAGUAUCCGAACCUGGUUUCGGUUUGCUAUGAGUCUGAAGGUGAUUCGUAUAAAGAUAGCAUUGUGAGUGUGAACUUGACAAGGACUUUGUAUUCGCUGUCCAUGUACACAAACAGGCUCACCGCCAUUGGCUGCGAUGACGUUGUGCUGCAGUCCAACGGAACUUACAAUAACGGCGGCUGCUCAGCGUUUUGUGAGGAUGACAUCAGCACUCAAACAGGGUAUUGCCCAUUCGAUCCUACUUCCAUUGGUAGUGGUUGUUGCCAGUCUCAAAUCGUCGGAGAGACGGGAUUCGUGGGAGCAAAACUAAUAGACUUGAGCAGAAAAGUGCAACGUAGAAAGCUUUUCCCAUGCAGCCACGCCUUUAUCCAGGAGGUCUCUGGCACGAAUGAAACCGGAUUUUCAUAUCCGUUGUUCUACCUCCAUAACUCAACUGCAUUGCAGACUGACAAUUGGGCAUCUGCAACGAGUCCUCCUGUGGUGAGGCUGGACUGGAUUGCGGGUGUUGAGAAUUGCAGCCAAGCUAAGCUGAAUCCGACCACGUACGCAUGUCAAGAUAGCAAGAGUCUAUGUGUUGAUGUUGCUAAUGUUAGCAAAGGAUACCAAUGCAGCUGCCUGCAAGGAUACGAGGGCAAUCCGUACGUGGUUGGAGGCUGCCAACCAAUUGUAUUUCGCAGUUCCAUAGCCAGAGACGGAUGCCGGGAUCAAUGUGGGGAACUGUCAAUUCCGUUUCCAUUUGGAGUCGGGCGGAAUUGCUAUUUGGAGCCAUCUUUUGAAGUUAAUUGCGAUAUGUCAUCUAACCCUCCCAAAGCAUACCUCUUUGUUCUCAAGGCAGAAAUCAUUCGGUUAAAUUUAUCACAGGUUCGGGUGAACUAUCCAACACUUGGUUUUUCUUGCUACAAUUGGUCCGAUACACAGCGAAGAAUCAUUAAGACAGAGGAGCAAAGCUUGAGUGUUGACUUGUUGGGAACUCAGUUUACGUUGUCGGAAGAUAGCUGGAUCUCCGUGAUUGGGUGCGAUGAUAUAAUGGUGGGUAUAACUCGACGUGCCAAUCGAACCUUUGUUGGCAGCACAUGUGCAACUGUUUGCAAAAAUAAUCAAAUAGCUACUGAUUAUUUAGCAUAUUGUCCAACUAAGGGUGCUGAGUAUUGGCCCGGCAAUGGCUGUUGCAGGGCACCCAUUCCCAGAGGCACCUCCUACCUUGAAGCCAAUUUGAGUGAUUUCACUGGACGAUGGCCACGUACCAAUUUCUCUUGCAGCUACGCAUUCCUUGGUACCAAGGAAGACUAUUAUCGAGCAACAUACCCCAUUUUCAAUAACUCAACACAAGUUCAAUCUGAUGAUCCAAACAUAAAUUAUCGACCCACAAUAUUCUCACUAGACUGGAGGAUUGGAGCGCUGAAUUGCAAAGAAGCGCUAAAGAAUCCGACUGAUUAUGUGUGUCAGAAUAACACCAUCUGCAUUGAUUUCGAUGAUACAGUUAGAGGCUACCUAUGCAACUGCUCCAACGGAUACCAAGGUCAUCCAUACCUUAGCCCAGGAUGCAAAGAUAUUGAUGAAUGCGCUGAUAGUACAACUAAUGAAUGCGUUCCAACGUCAAUUUGCAUCAACGAUCCUGGCUCUUAUCACUGCUCGUGCCCAAAAGGGCACGUUGGUGAUGGGAGGAAAGAUGGAACCAGUUGCAUUAAGCUGCCACCGUCCAACACCAAGACCAUAAUCUUGGCAGGGAUGGGCUCUGGAUUAGGAUUUCUUCUGCUCCUUUUAAUGUUGUUUGGGUUGAUUAAAGUUAUUAAAAAGAGAAGGGAAAAAGUGCUUAAGCAGAAAUUUUUCAAACAAAAUGGUGGUCUUCUCUUGCAGCAACAAACAAGUGAAAGCACACUUGGAAAAACAAAUCUUUUCACUGCAAAAGAGUUGGAGGUAGCUACUGAUGACUUCAACGAAAACCGAAUCCUUGGACAUGGAGGUCAGGGUAUUGUCUAUAAAGGUAUGUUAUCUGAUGGUAAAAUUGUGGCAGUGAAAAAAUCAAAGUUGGUUGAAGAGAAUCAAUUGAAACCGUUCAUAAAUGAGGUCGUUAUAUUGUCACAAUUAAAUCACAAGAAUGUGGUUAGAUUGUUGGGGUGUUGUUUGGAGACGGAAGUUCCUUUGCUUGUGUAUGAAUUCAUGCCAAAUGGUAACCUUUAUGAUCUCAUACAUGAUCCAAAUAACGAAUUUCCAUUUCCAUGGAACAUGCGUUUGAAAAUCGCAGCAGAUAUAGCCGGUGCACUGGCCUAUUUGCACUCUGCAUCUUCUGUGUCAGUCUAUCACAGAGAUAUCAAGUCAAGUAAUCUCCUUCUGGACGAGAAAUAUGUUGUCAAAGUGUCGGACUUUGGGACUUCGAAGCCCGUUUCUGCAAAUCAAACUCACUUAACUACUCUGGUUAAAGGGACAUUUGGAUAUUUAGAUCCAGAGUAUUUUCAUUCGAGUAAAUUCACUGAAAAAAGCGAUGUUUAUAGUUUUGGAGUGGUUCUUGUCGAGCUUCUUACCGGGCAAAUACCAAUUUCUAUUGAUGAACAAGAGGAGGAAAGAAGCCUAGCUACGCGGUUUCGUACAUGCAUGAUAAGAAACUGCUUGGACACAAUUUUGGAUCCUCAAAUGUUAGAGGAAGGAAGAAAGGAAGAGGUGAUUUUAGUGGCGAGGAUUGCAGAAAAAUGUUUGAAUUUGAAAGGAAAACUGAGACCAACUAUGAAAGAAGUGGCUACCGAAUUGGAAAGUUUUAGGAUGUCUCAAAGGUCUGUUACAGUUGAAGAUGUGAGAGUUGAAAAUGAGUCUGAAGAUAUUGUGAGAAGCUUUGAAGACGUCCCUGCAACGAUUUCAGACAACGAAUACACAUUGCCGGGUAGAUAGUUAUCAUAGUGUAGGCAAUGUCCUCUGAUACAUCAAACAUACCCCUUAAAAUUAACUGUGUCUGUAGUAGAGAUUGUAUGUAGUACACUGAAAUUAGUAUCCAUCUCCAACUUCUCUACCAUUUGUUUUUUUUUGAACAUGAAUGAGUUAUACUUAAGAGUUGUUAUAUAUAUUUUGAGUGUAGAAUGAUUUUGCUCUUA